AAACUCAUCACAUUCUACAUAUUAAGCUUUCAUGUUUUGUUCUCUCCUCAUGCACUCUAUUCUGUCUCCACAAUUAUGGCAUUUGUGCUUAUCUUAAAUGGAAAUUUAUUUAUGCUUACUUUAAUUUCCAUUGCUAUAUUUUGCUCUUACUCAGAGGCUCAGCUGGAAGGAGGGCAAAACAUAGUAAAGGCUUUGUCUUGUUUUGAAAAUAAGCUUAUUUAUGCUGGGUGUGAUGAUGCAUAUAGAUUAAACCCAUCUGGGAAUAUUAAGGUGCCACCGGAGGCUACUGAUUUUUUCUGCAGUGGACCAUGUCUCAUAGAAACACAGUUAUUGCUUGAAUGCAUUGACAACAUGCUCUCCAAUUUCAUAUUCAACAACAAAGCAAAUGUACAACAAAUGAGGUAUGCACUCAAUGCUGGCUGCAGCUACUCAAGAAAAAGAGGGAACUUCAAUUUGGAAGACUACAUUGGAGGAGAGACAAACAAUGCUCAGGAUGCACCUAUUUUGAUUAGAUACUACUACUUCAUCGUUGCAGUGACAGCGGUUUAUUUAAUGCGUCUGACAUAAUGUACCAGCAGUAAGAACUAGAUACUCAUUGAAUUUCAGUAAACAUUAUGUACUAGCAGUAAGAAAUAGAUACUUAUUAAAUUUCAGUAAGUUUUUAACAGGAGAGCGACAUGUUCCUAUUAGUUUUGGAAGAUGCAUGGCUGUUGCCUUAAUGUACUCUGUAUGGUAUCAAUACAAUCUGAAGCAAAAAUUCUAUUUUGAAUGAAAUAUUUCAACUAAA